GUUAGUGGUGUGGUCACGGUGUGUUUCCUGAUCUCUAACAAUACAGUUACAUUGAGAAGGCAUAACAACUGAAGCAGCCUCUCCUGCUCACUGAAGUCUGCGAAAACACGUCUCCACAAACAUGGAUGGCCCCAACAAUUUGACUUCCAGUUUGAACAAGACCUGUGAUCCGGUUGUCCCAUCAGUUAACCCUUUCUUUAUGCUGGUCUACAGUCUAGUGUUUGUGGUGGGUUUACUCCUUAAUGGUUUCAUCAUGAAGUUUUACUGUUGUCGAGUUCGGCAGCAGGCAUCCAGCAGCUUGAUGGUCUACAUGAAGAACCUGACAGCUGCUGACUUCCUGCUCUGCCUCUCUCUGCCACUCCGCAUCACCCACUAUGCUAGCAGCUCUCUCAUCAUUCAGCAGCUCUACUGCACAGUCGGAGCUUAUGCCCUGUUCCUCAACAUGUAUGCCAGCAUCCUAUUCAUGGGGUACAUUGCUGCCAACAGGUAUCUGAAGAUAGUCCAUCCUUCAAAAACUCACAUUCUGCAGAGUGUACGAACUGCCCACAUCAUCUCUGUGGUCACUUGGGUUUGUCUCAUUAUUCCAGCAGUCACCAGCAACACCCUGUUUUUCAUCACCCAGAAACAUCUGAAUGUCACCCCGAGACGCUGCCGUCCCCUAUUUAGUUCAUUGGUCAGGCUGGUCCAAAAAAUUGUCCAUAUCUUCUCUGUUAUCAUCUUCCUCUUAGUCUUCAUAUCCUUGGUCUUCUUCUAUAACGGCAUCUCCCGCAGGGUGUUGCAGGCACAGCAGACACAGCUGGCCAACUCUGGCUCUGAGAAGCUGGUGAAGUCUCGCAGGAACAUGUUGCUACUUGUCAGCAUCUUCUGUGUGUGUUUUGUGCCCUAUCACCUGUUUCGACUCCCCUAUAUUUUUCUGUUGGGAAACUGCUCUGCUGUUAAGGUGUUGUACUACCUGAAGGAGGCGGCCACCAUAGUGUCGGUUUUCAACGUCUGCCUGGACCCUGUUGUUUACUUUUUCCUCUGUAAGACUUUUCAGGCCCAGGUGAAUCGGAGUAUGGCCUCCAUAAGAGUCAACAUUCAAUAAGCAAAUGAGGAGAAGAGAGAGGCAAACCAGUGUGCUGCAAAGAAAUGCUCAACAUCUUAUAAAAAUAAUUAUUUUUUUCCAAGAGUCAGAUGAGACCAGUAAAACCAGUGUCAUGGAUUCCAAGCCCUUACAUACUAGACAAGUUUCUGCGGUGCUCAGAGAUCAAUACAGAACGAAUCAACACAAACACACUCCCACACAGAGAGCAUCAGUUUAUGUUGCCAACUUUCAGCUAUUAGUCAGUGUCAGUUUUAGCAAACAGAAACGGAACAAUAUCCAGUGUGUGAAAUCUGAAUUUCAGUGUUUAUGAACAAAAAUAUUUUAACAUUUAUAUAUAAAAAGUGAAGUCAAAAUUACUGCUGAAGCAUUUCUUUUGCAGCAAUUUUUAUGAUUCAUGACAAAAAGCAAAACAUAGGCAAUGCCUUAAGAAGAAGAAAAUCUAAGGUUUCCAGCCUGUUUUGCUACUUCACUAAUUUUUCAUAUCUUAUUUCGAAGUUUUGUUCUGCCGGGUAGAAAAUAGUUUAAAUCAAGACAAAACAAGUGUUCCUCUGCAACUGGGAGUCAUAGUUCUACAUUACUAGAGGGGGUCCACACAGGAAUCCUGGCGAGCAAGCAAACGACUUCACCUGUGCCUUUAACACAUUAUAAUACACAUUUAUGCAGGUCAUGUUUAAAUAGCAAUAGUAUAAAAUGCCCUUUCAUACUGACGGACACUCAGUUCCUGGUUAACAACUGAAGCUUCAGCAAAAUCUUCCCAUAUGGCGUGCAGUAAACACAGUCUGAGUGCUCACGGCUUGCCCAUCAGCAAUCAUGUCGGCCAGCCAACAUCUGUAACUGCUUUCUUUCUUCCUCGAUAAGCCAGGUCCUGCCAGCUCAGACCAGGCAGAACUCUGUUAUCAUUGUUCCUGUUUAAUGUCAUCGCUUGUCUAAAUGAGUUGACUUAUCAAUUCACCUCUAAGGAGUUUUGAAGGAUCCAAUAAAUGAUCUAAUGGUAGUGACCUAUACCUUUAACAGAUUGCAAAGCAUUCUGGGUGAGCAUGUUGAACAACAGAGACCAACACUGAGCUCUUUCUAUAGUUAUAAACCACAAAGUUUAAAAGUAACCCAACCGAUCUACUGCACACAUGGCUUCGCUUUUAACCUUUCUUCUUUCCACCUCACGCUAACACGUAGCUCAAUCUUUACUUACUAUCUUUACUUCUGAUUUGUCUUCGUUCAAAUGUUUCAAUGCUAUAGUUCUUAAAUUAAAUAAGUCGUUACCCUUCAGUUGUUCUGUGUUUUAAGGUCAGUAAAGUGAGUCAGUUUCUUUGA